AUGUUACAGACUUUGACGAUCGAGAGUACGGUGCUGUGGAGCGUGCUUGCGGCACUAUGCUGCACCGCAACAGCUUGCUUCAUCUUCAUCCCGAACGCAGUGAGCAUUGGUUGCGCUGUGUAUUCCGUCUUCAGUAUCAGUAUUGGCAUAUUCGGCAUUCUGUCGCAUUUGGGCGUCGAUUUGGAUCCCAUCUCAAUGGCCGCCCUUCUCAUGGCCAUUGGCUUUUCUGUCGACUUCACUGCACACAUCAGCUAUCACUACUACAAAACUACGGCCAAGGUGGUGAAGCGUUGA